UUGGAAGAAGCGAAAGCUAAAUUAAAAGAUUUAGAUGAAAUUCCAGUACAAAAUCAAACAAAACAAAGGCGCAUUUUGAAAUAUUCAGAGCGGCAUGUAUCUCGAUGUAUCCAGGGCUUAAUAGUAGCUCUUGUUAUUUGGUGGCUUUUUCCAACACUCCAACAUUCAGAUUAUGACAAAGGGUGUUUUCAAGAAAACUAUGAGUACCCGUUUCAACAGGAUCUUCCUUUGAUUGGAUAUUUCAAAACACAUAAACCUCUGAUUGGACGAGAAUGGCUGUUUGCUAAAAUACAGGAUAGCUUAGAACAAACUAAACCUCGAGGAGUUUUACUCUUGGCUCAAAUGGGCUAUGGAAAAUCAGCAUUGAUUUCUCUUUUGCUGUGUGCAAAGCGGAAUGAAAAGGGUCGACACAUUCGAGACAAAAUGGUUGCAUUUCAUAUAUGCAAAUUUGAUGUAAAAAGCACAAGAAACCCUGCCAGAUUCAUCAGACGAAUGAUCGGUUUCUUUGCAACGAGAAGUCCAGAAUAUGGCAGCAUCAUAUCUAUGCUACCGACAUCUUCUAUCAUAUUUGAUAUGUAUGCCUGUGAAAGAGAGAUAGAAGCUUGUUUUGAUGCAGCUAUACUUAACCCUCUGAAAGAGAUUGAAAUAAACAAAACAGGUUUAAAUGACUGGAUUAUAGUCGUCGAUGCUCUAGAUGAGUGUUACGACAAUUCUUUAGGACGUAAUCCGCUAAAGGAUAUAUUGUUUUCAAGAAUAAAGCAAAUGCCAACAUGGACCAAAUUGCUUCUGACAUCCAGAAAUUUUUCGGUGGAAACUCGCAUACGACAAUACAUGCAUUCAUUUCACCUUUCAACUGACGACAGCAGAAAUAUAGAAGACAUGAAAAUGUUCAUUUUAAGUAAAGUUCCAGAAGCGGGAUCAAAUAUGGAUAGACUUACAGACAUAAGCGAAGGGAACUUUCUGUAUAUGUCUAUGAAGCUCAUUUUACAUUAUGUUAACAAUCUGGAACAUCUAGAUGAAGGAGACGAAACCGCAGCAUUCGUUGCCGUUAAAGUGGAAGAAUUAUACAACAAGAAACAGUAG